GAAAUUGCUGCUUCGAGAACGUCUGGAAUAAUUAGAAACACUUGCCUUUAGUACGAUGGGUUUCGGACCGCAACGUAUUUCGAGUUGUCAUUCUGCUCGGGGAACCGGCGCCCUUUUCAAUUUACCGCACUUCGAGUUAUCCUUGCUCGGUAUGGGGUCGAUUCUGUAUUUUCGAUGAGAGUGCUCGUUUCUCGCCUCGUCAUCUCGCGUGAGCCUAUUUACCCGAUUCCACAUCUGCCGAGUGAAAACGUGAAAUUUGUACGGAAUCGACUCCCUCGAGCUCCCUCCAGUCCAAUUCGGACAAGGUUCGGAGAGGUUAAGAUAGGCUCGCACAGCCUCGCCGUUGGCUGCAACUAAUAAGCGAAGAGGAUUUUUCGUCACCGCGGCGCUUCGGCAGCAUCCAACUGCAUCCAACGGUGUUGGAUUUCGGCAUAUUCUUAUGUCCAUGAAUUUCGGCCGAGUAGGAGCGACAUGGAGCGACAGCAAAUACAAACUAGAGGGUGGGGAAAAGGUUGAUGCUGAUCGGACCAAUCACGGAAGACCACGAUCGCAAUGGCGGCGUGGCUCGUUCGUUUCGCAGUUUGGGAGAUAGACUGGUGACCCACAAGGUGCGUGAGGUUCUUCUGGAGACUGUCAAAUCGGCCGGAUUGAAUUUCGGAGACGCGUAUGUACAGCCAUGUAUCGUUGCGGACUGCUGCUAGUCCUGCUGGAUUUUUCUUUCAACGUUGCAGUGAGCAUCUCUCAACCGGAAAUCGACCGGCACUUGGAACUAGGAAGAGAAUAUCUGGCGAGAGGACAGUUUCAGGAUGCUCUGUCUCAAUAUCACGCCGCUCUUGAGGGUGACCCGAACGAUUAUCUGACGUAUUACAAGAGAAGCACCAUAUAUUUAGCUCUUGGAAAAUCUAAAAUGGCCCUUCUCGAUCUGGAUAAGGUUCUGGAGUUGAAGUCGGAUUUUAUGGUAGCGAGGUUACAGCGUGGGAACAUUUUAUUAAAACAGGCCGAGUUCGAGGCAGCCAAAAUAGAUCUUCUUGACUCGUUAGCGGUGGAUCCAAACAAUGAGGAUGCCUUGAAUACCCUUUAUACGAUCGAACCAUUACAAAUGGAUGUCGAAUCUGCAGAAAUGUUAGUUCAUAGACAAGAUUACCUUGCCGCAGUGCAACUUCUGAACAAAAUUAUCGAAGCUUGCCCAUGGGCUCCGUAUCUUAGAGAACUCAGGGCAGAAAGUCACGCCGCUCUAGGUCAGCAUCAAAAUGCUGUGUCCGAUAUUCGAUUGACCACGAAAUUACUCGUAGACAAUACCGAAGGCUUUUACAAGUUAGCAUCCAUGUUAUAUAACCUCGGAGAGGUCAAAGAAUCUUUGAAAGAGAUAAGGGAAUGUUUAAAAUUGGAUCCAGAGCACAAGGAGUGCUUUCCAUUUUAUAAAAAAAUUAAGAAAGUUGCCAAGUGUCUAGAGGAUGCUGAGAUCGCAGAGGAACUGAAGCAGCACGAAGACUGCAUCGAUGCGGCUCAGCGAAUUCUGAAAGCCGAGCCCCACAUGCUGAUGGUACGUCUGCCUGCGUUGCAGUACCUUUGCAAAUGCUACGCUGCAAAUGGUAAGACGACCGAAGCCAUCGGUAGCUGUCAAGAUGCAUUGAACAUACGCCAUGAUCCGGAAACACUUUGCAACGCCGCAGAGGCAUAUCUUUCCGGGGACAUGUUCGACGAUGCGAUACGGGAGUUCAAGAGAGCAUUAGAUGUAGAUCCUGAUUUCCAUCGGGCAAAGGAGGGUCUUCAGAAGGCUCAACAGCGACAGAAAAUUUCUGAGACGCGCGACUACUACAAGAUCCUGGACGUGCCGCGAACGGCGUCCAAACGCGACAUCAUCAAGGCUUACAGAAAAGCCGCACAGCGAUGGCAUCCCGAUAACUUCCAGGAAGGCGACGAGAAGAAACGCGCCCAGAAAAAGUUCAUUGACAUCGCGGCCGCGAAGGAGGUCCUCACCGACGAGGAGAAGAGAGCCAAGUUCGACAGAGGCGAAGACCCCCUGGACCCCGAGUCAGGGAAACAUCCACACGGGUUCAAUCCCUUCCAGGAGUUCCAUCAGUUCCACGGAUCGCCCUUCCAGUUCAAAUUCCAUUUUAACUAGACCGUAUGCACUGGUUGACCAAAGUAAGCAUCCAGCGAUCCGCGCGUCGUCGAAGAGGCUCGUUGCGCCUCGACUUUGCACGAAACUCGAAAAGCCUCCUACGAGUGGUCUCGUGUCUCAGGAAGCAAACGGAGUCGAUCGCGUACGCGAAAACGCGGUGUAACCGAAUAUGGGAAAGAUAACGAGGUCUAUGCCAGGGUUGGUUCGGUCUUCAAUUCACUCGCACGAACGCGGGAACGCGUGCGCGUGGACGCGCCCACGAGAACGGUCUACGUUCUUUGCUUGACUUUGCUUGACGCGUCAACUCAGAAUGUACCACGGUCAUGUCCUUUGACACCGACCAGUCUGAUAGUGCGUUUAGUGCGUUCGCUGGCAAAGAUACUCAUUAUAUUUUUUGUAUUUAACGUCUUCGUACUUUCUGAGUGUACACGAUGCCGGAUCGGGCUACGCGUGUAGCAGUUGCGCUCAAACUUGUUCGUUCCGCUGCACUUUGCAGCAACAGUGCUAGUCGAAGCGGGUUCAAGACGAUUGCAGGUUUCGUUGAGAGGAUUUCGAUUGCAGGUUUCGUGAUCGUCGACACGGACUAGAAUAUCAUCGAUUUCGACCCGAUGACAGUGGGAGGAACAGGUGCGCGCUUCUUUCAGAGUCGAACCGCGCAGUUUCUCUCGCAAUUUUCACGCACGAUAACGCAGGGCUGCCAGUCAGCGCUCUUCGACUAAUUCGAGCGAUGAUAAAUCAGUCCGCGCGAAAGAUUUAUAAACUUAAUUGCCAUUAGUACGUUUACACAUGCUUCACAUCGAUUUUUUAACUACUGGUGUUAAACGUCAUACAACAGCGGAUAACGCAAAACCGACUCCAGUCUGUGUAGCAGCGGUGCGCAGACAGAAAUCUUCGCGAGCACGAUGAAACUUAUUUCACCCCACACGGGUAAUACUACUACUACUACCACCACCACUACUGCUGCUGCUGCUGCUGCUGCUGCUAUUUUCAAGGUUAUAAAACUGGUGCAAGAUGGCACGUGUAAAUGAACUUAUAGAUUUUAGAAGAAAUACCGAAUUUACGAUACGCGUACGUUACGUCUGCUCUUAUCGUAAUUUCAGAACAUGUGUAAAUACCGUAACAUCCAAUAAUUGUUUCAAAAUAUAUUUGAAUAUAAUUUAUACAAA